AUGGUGAAGACUUUCCAACACCGCAAAUUUUUCUGUGUAGAUCCAACCACACCAUCUUGUAGAAAGGGAUUCCUUACACAUGCAGGAUUUACUCAACACCGUAAUGCAGUUCAUAAUGUUCCUGCACGUCCAUCAUGCCUACCUCAGCAUCCAUUUAUACCUAAUAGACACCUUCAUCUACAACCGCUGGAUGCAAUACAUAAUCCAGAAGUUCAUGAUGAGCCUGAGGGACCUUAUUUCAUACAGCAUCCAGUACUUGAUGGUACGCCCUGUGAUGAAGAUGGAAAUGACCUUCUUGAAGGUACAGACCCACCUCCUGCACAAGAUGAGCAUCCAGACAUGCCAUGGUAUCCCUUCCAAGGAAGAGAUUGCUUUGAGCUUGCAGAUUUGAUUUUCCAUCAAAACAAAAUGUCCAAGAAUGAGUUCAACGAUCUUAUGCAUAUCUGGGCCAACAUUGAGGGUCACUCUCCUCCAUUUCGAAAUGUGAAAGAGCUACACAAUGUCAUUGAUUCUAUACCAUACAGUGAUGCACCAUGGCAGAGCUUCACUAUAUGCCACACAGAUGCAGAUCAGUUGCAACCUGACGAUCCCUCUGUACCUCCAUGGAAGCUGGCUGAGUAUGAAGUUUGGUUUCGCAACUCCAGGGACGUUCUAAGAAACCAGUUAUCCAAUCCUGACUUCAAGGAUCACAUCGACUAUGCACCAAAGCAAGUCUUUGGUGAACACAAUCAGCGUGUUUGGAGUGAUUUCAUGUCAGGGAACUUGGCAUGGAAUCAAUGUAACAUCAUUGCUGAGGACGAAGACCGUCAUGGUGCAAUGUUUGUGCCGGUCAUCCUAGGCAGUGACAAAACUACUGUCUCAGUCGCCACCGGCAAUAAUGAAUACUACCCUCUUUACAUUUCAACUGGCAAUGUUCAUACCUCAAUAAGACAUAGCCAUCGGGAAGCUGUCAGCAUUGUUGGAUUUCUUUCAAUACCAAAAUGUGACAAGGAUUACCAUGAAGACAAAGAAUUCCAAAAAUUCAGACGUCAUCUUUUUCACAAAUCUAUAGAAGCCAUUCUUGAGCCUUUACGUCCCUCAAUGUCAAAACCAGAGAUAACAAGAUGUUCUGAUGGACACUUCAGAAGGGUGAUAUACGGCAUUGGUCCUUACAUUGCCGAUUAUCCAGAACAAUGUUCAUUGGCAUCUAUAGUUCAACAGUGGUGUGCCAAGUGUACUGCAAGAAAAAAACACCUUGAUGAAGAAGACAUCAUGAUUACUCCUAGAAGCCACUGUCUUACCAAAGCUUUGAUAGAAGCUUUGACAUCUGGGGAGCUUUGGGAGGAAUAUGGAAUUGCAGAUGAUAUUUUGCCCUUUACGGCUUCAUUUCCUCGAGCUAAUAUUCAUGAGCUGCUCGCACCUGAUCCAUUACACCACGUAAUCAAGGGCGCUUUUAAAGAUCACCUAGUAGAGUGGGUAGGGUCAUAUUUGGAGAUCACUUAUGGCAAAAAAUGUUCAAAGAAAAUAUUAGCUGAGAUUGAUAGAAGAAUUGCAAUUGUACCAUCUUUUCCUGGCCUUCGACAUUUUCCCCAAGGGCGUGACUUCAAUCAGUGGACUGGAGAUGAUUCAAAGGUGCUGAUGAAAGUGUACCUUGCAGCAAUCAGUGGUCUAAUACCAGAUCAGAUGAUUCACACAAUUGCAGCUUUCAUGGAUUUCUGUUAUAUUGUCAGGCAUCCUUAUCUUGAUGAGGCUGAUCUAGCUGCCUUGGAUGACUCGCUACAGCACUUCUAUCAGGACCACUCAAUUUUUGAGGAGACAGGUGUCUGCCCGAACAGAAGUUCCCUUCCACGUCAGCAUGCCCUGAAGCAUUACCACCAGCUGAUUAUCCUAUUUAGAGCACCUAAUGGACUUUGUUCAUCAAUAACCGAGUCAAAGCACAUUGAUGCUAAUCAACCUCUUGGAGAAAUGUUGCUGAUCAAUCAGAGGCAGGAUAAGUUGGCGAUGUUUUGUGUCAUACAUCUUGCACGUCAUCUCAUGGACACACCCCUGCUUCCUCAUACUAUUCAGCCAAUCCCAUCACAAGAUAAUUCGAACAUCUAUGAUGUGGAGGCUGCAGAUGGUCUAACAACCGAUUCAACAGUAAUUCUGGCCAAGACUCCUGGUGAGCACUGCACACUUGCUUUCUAUUUUGACUUAUGUGGAGUUGGUGGUAUGCACCGGGAGCGUAUUCGUGCAACACCUUCUUGGCACAAUGGCCCUGCACACCAUGACUGCAUCUUUCUUGAAAAUAAUCCUACCCUACCAGGCUUCCAGGGAUUGUAUGUUGCCCAAGUUGUUCUUUUUCUCUCUUUCACCCACCGCACUACUACUUAUCCUUGCGCACUUGUCAAGUGGUUCUCUCAGGUGGGAGAUUCUCCUUGUCCAAGGACUCAUAUGUGGAUUGUAGCACCUGAAUUUGAUGAUGACUGUCGCCUUAUUUCAAUUGUUCAUUUAGAUAGCAUCAUGAGACCUGCACAUCUUAUUCCUGUGUAUGGACCUCAGAAUAUUGACCGUCAUUUACUACAUACCAACUCUUUGUCUGCUUUUGCCUCAUUUUAUGUUAACAAAUACUCUGACUACCAUGCAUUUGAAAUGGCAUACUAA